UCUGGAAACCAACACACCAUGUCUCAGGCUUGACACAUUCGGCUUUUGCUUCCUCGCUGGCUUCCUCCAUGGGCGAAAGCGCAGUCACGGUCAUGGCUUCUCUUUCCCAAUCCUCUCCCGUUUCGUCGUUAUCUCCGCCUGAGGUCCCCAUGGAGCUCCACGUGCAGAACCGAGUAAAGCUCGUCCGUGCCCUUCGCGAUCACCUCAUGGCUGCCUCUCAACCUGUCCGUGGUUUCGUUCUUCUUCAGGGCGGUGAAGAGCGGACAAGAUAUUGCACGGAUCAUGCGGAGCUUUUCAGGCAAGAGAGCUAUUUUGCUUAUUUAUUUGGAGUCAGAGAACCGGGUUUCUAUGGGGCCAUUGAUGUUUUAUCAGGGCAGUCAGUUUUGUUUGCACCACGGUUGCCUGCUGAAUAUGCUGUUUGGUUAGGUGAGAUAAAGGCCUUAUCUUACUUUAAGGAAAGAUACAUGGUUGAUAUGACUUACUUUGUAGAUGAGAUAGCACAAGUUCUGUAUGAUUUAGACGGGGAAUCAGGAAAACCUUUACUUUUCCUCUUGCAUGGUUUAAACACUGAUAGCAAAAACUUCUCCAAGCCGGCAGAGUUUAAGGAGAUGGAUAAGUUUGAGACUGAUUUAAUCACUCUUCAUCCGAUAUUGACUGAAUGCCGAGUUUUCAAAUCUAAAUUGGAGCUUGAUCUUAUUCAAUAUGCUAAUGAUGUGAGCUCAGAAGCACAUGUUGAGGUUAUGAGAAGAAUCAGCGCGGACAUGAAAGAAUAUCAGUUGGAGAGCAUCUUUCUUCAUCACAUCUACAUGUAUGGUGGUUGUAGGCACUGUUCAUAUACAUGUAUAUGCGCCACAGGAGAAAACAGUGCUGUUCUUCACUAUGGUCAUGCAGCUGCUCCAAAUGACCGGGCUUUGAAAGAAGGUGACAUUGCAUUGUUUGACAUGGGAGCUGAAUAUCAGUUCUAUGGCUCUGAUAUAACAUGUUCUUUCCCCGUUAGUGGAAAGUUCACUAAUGACCAGGCUGCAAUAUACAAUGCUGUCCUAAAGGCUCAUGAUUCAGUUAUAAAAUCAAUGUCGCCUGGAGUGAGUUGGAUUGACAUGCACAAGCUUGCAGAAAAGAUAAUCCUUGAAUCACUUGAGACUUUCGGAAUCAUUGUUGGUGAUAUUGAUGAAAUGGUGGCAGAAAGGUUAGGUGCUAUUUUCCUGCCUCAUGGUCUUGGACACUUGCUUGGAAUCGACACUCAUGAUCCUGGUGGCUAUACUAAGGGAAUGGAAAGGCCCAAAGAGCCUGGACUGAGUUCUUUAAGAACAAUCAGGGAACUGAAGGAGGGAAUGGUGAUAACUGUGGAGCCAGGGUGCUAUUUCAUUGAUGCUCUUCUAAAUCCUGCUUUGGAGCAUCCAAAUUUGUCGAAAUUCCUUAAAAAGGAAGAACUAGAUAGAUUCAAGAACUUUGGUGGUGUUCGAAUUGAGAGUGAUGUGGUUGUUACAUCCAAUGGCAGCAGGAAUCUUACAAAUGUGCCCCGUCAAACAUGGGAAAUUGAAGCUGUGAUGGCCGGCGAACCAUGGCCUCUGAAGCAGAAACAGCUACCAAAUGGCCUUGCUUAGCACAAUUACAAAGCCCCGGUCACUCGAUCCCGAUGAUGUCUCACCUUCCAUAUCAUAUUUAUCCUUUCAUCUAUCAUCUUUAUCCAUGAUCAGUUUUCAUUAUCAUGCAAAUACGAUUAUUAGAUGACAGACUCCAAAUAACUUAGAACUUUAUUAAUAUCUGUGUAUUAGAUAUGCUAAAUUAUUGUGUUAGGCUACAUUAUGAUUUUAUAAAGCUGUUUUUCUUAUUGUUUAUAGUA